AUGCAGUCUGCUUCUACAAAGAUUUGUGAAAGAAUGGGUCGCUCUCAGGAGCUCAGUGAAUUUAAGCGUGGUACCAUGAUAGGUUGCCACCUGUGCAAUAAGUCUAUCCGUGAAAUUUCCUUGCUACUAUAUAUUCCACGGUCAACUGUUAGUCGUUUCAUAACAAAGUGGAAGCAACUGGGAACAACAGCAGCUCAGCCACGUAGUGAGUGGGGUCAGUGCAUGCUGAAGCGCACAGUGUGCAGAAAUCAUCAACUAUCUGCAGAGUCAAUAGCUAAAGACCUCCAAACUUUGUGUGGCCUUCAGAUUAGCACAACAACAGUGUGUGAAGAACUUCAUGGAAUGGGCUUCCAUGGCCAA